AUGUUAAAGAAAAAUUAGAAUUAUACAAAGAAUUUAGGUGUUGGAAAUUCUGCAUAUGAUAAUCAUGAUAUAGAUUUAAGUGCAUUCACUAUUGAAAAAUAGAUAUUUAAAUAAGAAAAAGAAGAAUCACUAGGAUCUAUUGAUUUGAAUGAUGCUCCUUAAUUUUUUGAAGCUGUUUAAUUAGAUCCUGUAUUAAAAGAAGAACUAGUAUAAGAUGAUAAGAAUCUAUAAAACAUUACAAUAAAAUAAUAAUAAUAAAUAGAACAUAAUUAAAAUUCAUUAGAAUAAUAAAAAGAAUAAUAAGAAUAAAUAGAUGGUAUUAUUACAAUCAGUAAUAUGUAAGAAACUACUGUAUAGGAAUUAAUAGCCAUACCACCUAUUUGUCCAUAUUCUGAAAAAAUAACCUAAUUGAAUUUACCAGAUUAUUUAAGAGAUUUUCUUAUAAAUCCUAUACCUUCUGCAGGAAUGUUUUAAUGUACAAUACAAAGAGAUAAAUCUGGAUUAAAUAGAUUUGUUCCUAAAUAUAGAAUGUAUUGGAGUCAUAACGGAUAAUUUUUACUUGCUGCAAAGAAAGUUUUAAAUAAAAAUAAGUAUUUAAUAACAUAGGAUGGAGAAUUUAAGUAGAAAGAUGAAAUUCUAUUGUUAGGUAAGGUUGAAUAAGGUAAAUAAUCAAAAGCAGAUUAUCAUUUAUAUGAUAAUGGAGUAAAAUAGAAAGAUUAAAAUUAAUUUAAAAAAUUGAGAAUUUAAUUAGGUAGUGUAUUUUUUGACACAACUUAGUCUAGGCCAAGAAAAAUAGUUUUGGCACUUAGAAAAAGUGAGAAGGAAACUGUUUAAUUUAUAAGUAGAAGACCAUAGGUUAUAAUUAAUGGAACAUGUAAGUAUUUUUUUGGAUAUAAUUAGAAAACUUGUAUACUCUUGAUUUUUUUGGAAGAGUAAAGAGAUCAUCUAUCAAGAACUUUUAAUUAGUUUUAAAAAGUGAUGAUAAAGAUAUAAUAUAUGUAUAAUUUGGAAAAGUAGAUUCGAAUCGAUAUAAUUUGGAUUUUAUGAGUCCUUUAAGUCCUUUAACAGCUAUGCAAUUAGCUUUAAGUAAUUUUGAUUUUGCAGGGAAAGCAUGA